GCGCAAGGUCGGCCAUUAAGUCGCCAUGGCAGAUACGAAGCUCUAUUCGAAGUGCCUUUAGGUGACGCAGAAAGUGACGGUGCAUAUAUUUUUUAUUUUAAAAAUAUGUUUUUUAUUUUAAAUACAUCUAUAUAUUUAUAAAAUUAAAAGUUCUUUGCACUGUUUUUCUUUGCAAUUUAAAAUAAAACUUCUGAAUCAAACCAGUUUUAGGUCACUUGACUUGAGUUGAGUUUGAGACAUUCAUUUUUUAUUCAUUUGUUUUGUAAUUUUAGUUUUGUGUGACGACGUUGACAGACACACCAUACGCAGUGAUUGACUUAAGUCACUUGACUGAGUGAAUGAGUGAGUAGAAUCAGAAGACUGAGAAGUACUACACUUGGCUUUUACUAUUACAGAUUAACGGUCCGGUGAUUACUUCCGAUUAGCCUUCUAAUUCUAUUCAGUAUUCAGUAAGUUAUACCUUUUUUUUUUUUUUGGUAUUUUAUUUUGGGCUUAGGCUAAUCAUCUAAAUCUAAGAAUUAAUAUAAUCCAUUUUAAAUGUAUGGGGCAUUAUAAUGUUAUUAGUAUUAUGCCUAAUAAGCCUAAUACUAGGCCUAGGCUAAUAAAUACUAAUUCUAAUUAUUAUUUAGACCUUCUUAUAUUAUGAUAAUAAUAUAAGCAUCAACCAAUAAUAUCCUAAUAAUCAAUUAUAAUUAGACCCAAAAUAUUGACAUAGUGAUUAGGCACGCAUUGACUACAAGUUGUCUGUUCUCUGUCACAACUUUUUCUUGGAUUCCUGCCGGUCCUAUCUAACCAAACUUCUUUCUGUCUAUUCACCCCUUCUAAUCUAAUCCAUUUUAAAUGUAUGGGGCAUUAUAAUGUUAUUAGUAUUAUGCCUAAUAAGCCUAAUACUAGGCCUAGGCUAAUAAAUACUAAUUCUAAUUAUUAUUUAGACCUUCUUAUAUUAUGAUAAUAAUAUAAGCAUCAACCAAUAAUAUCCUAAUAAUCAAUUAUAAUUAGACCCAAAAUAUUGACAUAGUGAUUAGGCACGCAUUGACUACAAGUUGUCUGUUCUCUGUCACAACUUUUUCUUGGAUUCCUGCCCGUCCUAUCUAACCAAACUUCUUUCUGUCUAUUCACCCCUUCGACAGCUUCGCUCCUCUGCAGACACGCGUAUUCUAAUAUUAAUAUAAUGAAUGUGGUAAUUGAUAAAACAAUCCAGGGUGACAUUCGAUUUGUAAUUAAUUAUGAAUUGUUGAAAUUAGGUCUACUUUAUAAUUAAUUAGUAAGUUGAAAAUUAAGUUAUGAAAAUCAAAAUUUAAAUAUUUUAAAAGGAUGCUCUACUCUUUUUGUCAGAUCUGUAAUUGUAGUCGUGGUUACCAGAUAGCAUAUUUAAUUUAAGCAAGCUAGAUUACUAUUUGACUAUUUGUAAUUAAAAAAUUAAAAAAUCUAAGUUUGCAUUACAGUACACACACAAAGUUUGUUCAUUUUGAAUCCAUAUAUAUUUUUGGUUUUGCUGUCAGGAGUAGGGAUUCUAAUCUGUUUUAUGUUUAAUUGGUCAGUAGUCAUAUUUAAAAAGCCGGAACUUUGUAAAUUCACCAGAAAUUGUGGGUUUUGAAAAUUUCCUAACUUUACUGCAGCAUAAAUUUUACUUUUUACAUUUUGCAAGUCAUGGAGAUCUGUUGGAAAUUAAAGACCAUUCUCAAAGGACCAAGUUGACUGUCGCUUCAUUGCAAAGGAAGACAUUUAGUUUAAAAUUUUAUUUUAGUACUUGAAAAUGUUUAUAAAACAUAUUUUGUCCCCUGCUACUUCAAGUUCUGAUAUGGUAUGACAAAUUCCUUCUUAAGAGAAAACAUUUGGUGAUCUAGGAUGGGGAAAGUCUGGACAACUUGACAUUUUUAAUGAUUCUUAAAUUCUCUAAAAUUAUCACAUUGUAAAUACACAUGUUCUUUUAUUUCUGCUUAGACAGACUUUUAUUAUAUUUAAAAUGUUAGCUAACCCAAUUGUAAAUGGUAGGUCCAAAUGAAAUUCCGUUAAGGCUUCUAGAAACUAGUUUCUUCUGAUGGCAAAAAGCUGCUCAGAGUUCUUGACAAAAUAAAAAAGGAUAUGGAACCUCUUAGAAAAACUAAUUUCUAGGGACAAGAAGAAAAAUUGAGGAUAGGACUACUUUACAUUUUAAACUUAAUGAAUAUUGUUUAAUUUAUGCUUAAAUAUCACUGAUCAACUAGACAUUUCAGUAUUUACAGGCUUGUGCUGUUUAGCAGCAUGGCAUCCAUACUUUUUAAUUGGAGGUAAGAGAGGGCUAGUCUCUUUUAUCAAAUUAGAUUUGUACUCAAAUUAUUCAGCAUUAAUGAUUUCAAUUUUUAAAAUAACAUUUCUUUAAUUUUUUUUACAGAAUUCUAUAAAAGGAAAAAGAAUACACCUAAUUCAACAUCCCUUAGACCAAAAAGUGGUUAUAAAACCCGUGAAACAUGCAUAUACGACGAUUAUGCCCGGGUGAAAGACUCAGGCAUAGAACUAGUGUCCACUACAGAAAGUGAUAGGUAAGUUUAUGAAUGUUUACUUUACAUAGCCCAAUGCCAUUACCCUCAACUAGGGCAAUAGAGUCUGAGAAUGAUUGAAGGGUUAUGUUGUGAACUAGAUUGUUGUGAAUGUUGGGUAGGGGGAGUCGUGAAUCGUGAGAGUGUUUUGUGAGUUGUUGAUCGUGAGGUCAAAGCGUGAAGUUAGUCCGUGGUGUGGAAGGUUUGCGUAGGCUGAGUUGUUUGGGUGGUAAUAUAAAAGGGGAUGUGUGUUAGCUAGAGGUCAGAGAGAGAAGAAAGGUAGAAGAGCAAGAGAAGAAUUGUCAGUCUUUGAAAGUUGUCAGUCAAGAGUUAGUCGAGUAGCGAUAGGAGCGACACGUUAGUCGAGAGAGUAGUGCUAGGAGAGUGGAUAGUUGGUAGUUGGACUGAUGUGUGUUCCACGAGCCAUAAUAUAUUGUCAUUGAAUAGCAGUAUCCUGUUUUGUAAAGUAAUAAUAAAAUAUUAUAUUGUUACACUGGACCUUGUGUUUUAUGUGAGAGGAGGUAUCAAACUAAAGUCGUAACAUUUCAACAUUUCAGGUCGUAACAGGUUAAAUCCCUACCCAAAUAUGUAUUGGUAUUUGAUAUAUUUUAUGAAAUACUUAAGCCAUUGAGUUUUAAUGCGUAAACCACCAUUAAGAGAUCAUACACCAUAUAUUAAUUGAUCCUAUUAAUGUAUCUAUUCUAAAGGUGUGAGAUAAACAUAAUAUUUAAAAUCUUAAAAACCCUUUCACAAUUAUUACUAUCGUCAAACAGCCUGUGGUAAACAAUAACAGUGAUUUUCAAAUAAAUUAACAUGCCAAAAAAUUAAUUAUCAUUCAUAUCUUCAUUAAAGUGUGUAUGUUAGCUUCAUCAUUCUUGCUUACUUUUUUAAAACAUUUAUUAUGGGGGUAAUUUUAAAAACAGGUGUUUUUGUUUUUUUUCAUAGAGGCAAGAUGUUUACAUCAAGGAAUAACUCUCUUUCUAAUCUAAUAAAAUGUAUAUUAAAAACUUACAGAUAUGGAAGAAGAGAUCAAUUUUCCUUUCAGCAAGCAGCCAUAAAUGAUCCUCAGAAUUCCUUGACAUCCGUCCCUUCUACCUUCAGCCCUGACCAUUCCCUAAUUAACCAAACACAUUCUGUGAGCGCCAUGCAGCCCAAACCACCCAGCUCUUCAGGUAGGCCUCCCACCAGUGGUAGACCUUUCAGUGCUUCAACCAGGCCAAGAUCAGCAGCUAGAAGAUCCAUAGACUUGACUGAACACCCCUCGCUUUCUCCUGAAGGUAUUUACAUUUUUAUUUUUUAGGGUUUCAAAAUUUGUAUUUAUUUCUUCCUAGUUCUCUUCUUGUAAUUUAUUGCCAUCUUUUAAAAUACAUUUGUAAUAGUUUAAAUUCUGAAUGCUGAAUUCUUUUAAAAUACAUUUUUAAAAGGUUUUUUUUUUUACUUUUACCUUAAGCUUUAACAGAACAGUCCCCUCGACCACCUUCUGCAUUCUCUAAAUAUCAAAUACUUCCUGCGAUUGGAAGCCCCACCCCACCAGAUCAAGAUCAGUCACAGGAAUUCAAGACCAUUCAUGUGAGAAACAAAACACAGAAAGACCAAGACCGCCAGCCUCAUCCUUAUCGUUUACAGUCACAAGUCUCUCCUCAUCUGAGCUCUAGCUCAGACAGCAGAGAGCCAAAUGUUAGAUCAUCAUCUGGUUCGGCUCCUCCCGCUCCAUCUUCUCGAACUGCUGCAGGCUCAGAUAUACAAAGUUCCAACAAAGUAGAAGAAUGCAUAGAAAGAUUAGAUUUAUCCCAGCUUGAAAAAAGCAGGAGAAAAAAGAGUACCUCCAACACAAGUCCCAGUCAUGCCAAGUCCAAAACAUCUGCAGUCCAUAAGGUUGAGCACAAACCAGGUGAAUUCUAUGACGCAGAUGAUGAUGACUCUGAUUCAGCUUAUUCCAAUAGGGUGUCUUCUAGACAGCAGCAAACAAAACUUUCUGUGAAAAAACCUGUCGUCAUACCAUCACCUGAUCACUGCCCUACACGAGAACUUCUUAUAGCAGUAAAAUUACCAACAGAUGGAACAAGGCACCAACGGUAUUUUAAUAGUAAUGAAUCCUUACAAGCAGUUGUGGACUUUGCUGAGGAAGUAGCAGGGCAGGAUUUUGGGGGUUAUAUACUGGUGUCCAAUGCACCAAGACAAGUGUACAGGGAUUUGUAUGAAACAAUUGAAAAUGCUGGUCUUCAGGAUAAGCUGGUCUUGCACUUAGAAGAAAAUGAUUGAAACAAAACUUAAUGCUACAAAUGCAUUGCCAAAAAGUGUCGAUUUUCAGAAUUUUACUUAUGCCUGCAAGAGUUUAAAACAUUGGAUGUGGUAUAUGUUUUGCUCCGCCGUUUCUGUUUAAAUCUAAUUACAGAAUAUUUACAGAAAAAAUGCUUACCUUCUAUUUUUAAAUAAAUGACAAUUAUAUAGAUCAAUACAGAUUCUAAAUCAACAAAUUUUGUGAUAACUUGUUCCUGGAAUGGAUUUCAUUUUAAGUCUGCUGAGGGCUUUUUCUAUUUCCCUUUUAAGCUGCAGCUGUUCAUUUUUGUAAAGGUGAUAUAUUUUAACUGAUUAUUUUACAGUAUUAUGGAGUAAAUAAAAAUGUAAUUUCACUCUUUUAAACUUUAAACAUUU